AUGGCAUUGAAGUUAAAAGGCGACAACCCCAUCCAACCUGGUACCACGGAGGUGAUCGGGACCUCACGUCCCUCUUGCAAUGACCACUCGACCUGGAGCUUUGUACAGAUGAACAUGACGCUCCUGCCAAUUGCCUGUCCUCGCCCUCUCGGUGUCAAUCGCCAUUUCCAAGGAGGAGCAGUACGGUCGGAUGUCAGACCCUGCACGCCAACUCAGAACCCUCACAAUCGACUACGCCAGCACGCGACCAAGAUGAGCCCCAGAAGACAUGAUGUCGACUGCAGUCAUGGACGAUCAGGAGUUCCAGCAUCUUGUUGCAUGAGUCCAGGACUGUCCCCGACACCGAAAGCAGUACCAGGGACAAGACGAAAGUUCUCAGAAACUUCACAAGUACCAGCGUUUAUUGAUGCAUUGGCGCUUCCAUUGAGAGGAAGUGCAGUGUUGAGACUGUGCAGCUGCAGUGACGAUCUACAACAUUCGCCAAGUCCACGAAGUGAUAGUGGAUGCUGCAGCGAUCCCGUGAGGAGAUCGCCACUGGGCAACAGUCAACUACACCGAAGUUCUAGCUUAUCUUCUUCUUCUACUUCGAGUCGUGUCGCAAAGGGUUCCUUCCGAGGCAAGCGAGUGCUGGAGCUACAAGACGAAGAUCGUCGAUUCCAUCCGGAAGACCGCGGAGCAUCUCCGACCAAGCGGAGCAAGCAUUAG